CUCCCUCUCUCACCAUCCUCAUCCCUUGCUCUCCCUCUAUCCUCCUCUUCAUCCUCUCUUCCUUCUCCUAAUACAGCAGCUGUUGCCAUGGCGCCUCCUCCAGCUCCUCCCCCUGUCCCGCCUUUGCCAACAGGCAUUGGCAUGGUAACCAGUGAUGCUCGAAGUGACCUGCUGGCAGCAAUACGUGUUGGUAUUCAGCUGAAGAAGGUACAAGAGCAAAAGGAGCUGAGAGCAAAGCGCCAACCAAUCGGAAACGAUGUGGCAGCCAUAUUGUCCCGGCGCAUCGCCGUGGAGAUGAGUGACUCAGAGGAAGGAGAGGAGUCAGACGGGGAAGGUGGGAGGGGCUGGUCGGACUGAGGGGCUAAAAGACACACACACACACACACACACACACACACACACACAAAUUCAUACACCAACACACACAUAUUACACAUGUUGGGGGCAGAUUUCCCAUUAGACGAAGGUGGCGAAAAUGCAUUAAUGAUACAGUCAGUGUACCCUAGUCUCGUUUUGGUUGACACAAUGGUUGCCCCCUGAACAAGGCUAAUACAGAGGAUUAGAUACCGGGCUGAACCCUCAGUCAAGCUUUUUUAUCCUGAGACAUAAGAGCAUCCUCCCUUCAUUCAGAUAGAAGCCCUCCUAGUGCAGUCAACUCCCCUUUAGUAGAAUUAGGGGUCUGAUUUUUUCCAUGAGUCAUGCUCUGCUCCUAUGUCUGUUUUUUUUCCACGAGUCAUGCUCUGCUCCUGUAAGUCUGAUUUUAUCUACGAGUCAUGCUCUGCUCCUGUAAGUCUGAUUGUUUAUCCAUGAGUCAUGCUCUACUCUUGUUAGUCUGAUUUAACCCAUGAGUCAUGCUCUGCUCCUGUGGGUCUGAUUUUAUUUUUCACGAGUCAUGUUUUGCUCCUGUACAUAUUGUGUGGUUUUCAGUGCUCUCUGUGACAUUCUGUGGAUUAAAUCAUCUCUGCUUCUACA